AUGUCGUUUACUUCCUAUAUUGUUACAGGUGUCAGUUGCUACGUAGCCGGUACACUGGCACUCUUUGCCCUGGGCCAAAAAGUCCCUCGCGCGGCAUUCGUCGCGCGCUGCCUCGCUGCAUAUGGCUCGCUCCUUGUGUGCGCCAUCUACGGUGUGAUUGCUUCCAUCGUCCUUCGUCUCGUUGGCUAUGGCCGUGUUUCGCAGUGGGCGACUGCCCGAAGCUUCAAGUGGGUGAUGCGGCUUGCAACUGGUGUGACAUUUGAUAUCAUCGAGGGCCAAGAGCACUUGUCCACGCGGCCGGCGAUCUUUGUUGGCAACCACCAGUCAGAACUGGAUGUAUUGAUGCUCGGGGUUGUUUUCCCACCAUACUGCAGUGUGACCGCGAAGAAGUCUUUACGCAAUGUUCCGUUCCUCGGCUGGUUUAUGACCCUGUCGCGUACGGUCUUCAUUGACCGAGCCAACCGGGAGAAUGCCAUGAAAGCCUUUGACGGAGCAGUGAGGGAGAUGCGCGAGCACCGUCAGAGCGUGUUUAUCUUCCCCGAGGGUACGCGAAGCUACUCUGACGAGCCUAUGCUACUGCCGUUCAAGAAGGGUGCUUUCCAUCUGGCUGUAAAGGCUGGUGUACCAAUUGUGCCGGUCGUGGCUGAGAAUUACUCCCAUGUCCUGUCGCCUCGCAACUUGCGAUUCAACGCUGGCUCAAUCAAGAUCAAGGUCCUGCCUCCUAUUGAAACUAAGAAUCUGACCCCUGCCGACGUGGAUCGGUUGACUGUGUCCACCCGUGACUCGAUGCUCGAGGCGAUGAUGAGCAUGGCAAAGCAAACACACAAAGUUGAGCCCUCGCGAACCAACGGCGUCUCGACCGCCAUUGAGAUCUGA